UUAAGGUAUUUCAUUCGAGCAAGAUUUCAUAAUUUUACGAAAACAAGUUUCUCAAAUUUAACUUUUCAGAUUUUUUUUCUGAUAGAUUUAAUUAUGUGACGGCUUAAUUUACAGCUUUAUACUGAAUCCAUGAUAUGCUUCCGGCAAGAAACUCACAUCGAAAAUUUAUUAUUUGAAGCGUUAGAUGAAUCACAUCAUCUGAUUCGUAGAAUAAUCCCCACUUCCUCAAGUUCCUUGAAAAUAAUCUUCGAAUGUUAAAAACAACCCGCAAAAUUCAGAAUUAAUGCGAUAUUUAUUAUUAUAUUUAUAUUUUGCCUUGAAUUGCUUUUUACAAAUUUUUACAGUACAAAUUCAUUAGUCACUGAACAUGGCUAAUGUUUAGCGGUGGUAUUUUCACGAUGGGUUCGAAUGGAAAGUUAUUCGAUAUUUAUGUCACAGAACGUGCACGGAAAUCUUUUGUUGAAUGGAAACGGAUAGAAUUAACGCUAGUUAAAGUUAUUAAUUUUUCAAAUCAUUCAAAAGACGUAAUCCAGGAAGAACAUUAAUUGAAAUCAAUCGUUUAGUAAAAUUUUAAAACAACAUGAUAUAAACUGUUCACUUUGAGAACGCGUUCAAAAUUAAUCGAUAAAGUAAUUUUGGUUCUGUGGUCCGGUGAUUUCCACACGAGUAUUAAAUUUACUCCUUGAAGAGAUAGUUCCAUCUGAGUGUGUAGAAAAGACGAAACAAUUUGUGAUUAUCGAUAUCUUUUUGGGAUCGGUUUUUAAAGUUAUUGCUAAUAUCAGCGCAAAUAAGUGAUAUUUAUUGACUGUCUACGAUAGCUGAGGAUUCAUUUAGGCGCUAGGAGAAGAAAGAAAGAUUCAAAAGCGUAAAAACAUCGAGAGCUUACGUCAACAGUGUCGCUGCUGAAAGUUCCCAUAACAGUAGGAUAUACAGUUAGCAGACGAACGGGGGCGUAGUCUCUCUCACACGGAUCGGAUUGCGGAAUUCGGUCCCAUACGACGACGAGGCAAUCGUGGCACACGUACAAUUCCGGGGGACAAUGGAUCACCAUCACAAUUCGGACUUCCAUCGCAGCUCGAAUUCCCUUGAUUCCGAUUCCAAAUCCAGCUCGCUCAACUCCAAACACGGAAUGGACACCAUUGUGGCAAACGAAUCAUCUUUCACCUAUCUGUCCGGUGAGAACAUGCAGGACAUCAAGAACGACGUCUCGUAUAUCUGCCCGUACAGUGGUCCGGUAGUUGGAACACUGACCAUCACCAACUACCGGCUGCAUUUUCGAUCUCAGCCGUCUAGCGACAAGGAUCCGGUCGUUAUUGUAGACUGCCCGUUGGGGGCCGUAAGUCGAAUCGAAAAGGUCGGAGGAGCCAGCUCCCGGGGAGAGAAUUCCUACGGCAUUGAUAUUUUCUGUAAGGACAUGCGUAACCUUCGGUUCGCCCAUAAGCAGGAAAAUCACUCGCGGAGGACCGUUUUCGAGAAGCUGCAGUCAUACGCAUUUCCACUUGCAAGCGGUAAUCAACUUUUUGCAUUUAACUACAAGGAAAAGUUCACCGAAGACGGAUGGAGUGUGUACGAACCUGUGGCCGAACUCCGACGCAUGGGAGUUAACAGUGCCAACAAUGACACUUGGCGCAUCACUCGGAUCAACGAAAAGUACGAAAUAUGCGACAGCUACCCAUCGGUUUGGGCUGUCCCGAAGUCAGCUAAAGACGACCUGAUCAAGCAAGUAGCCAACUUUCGGUCCCGUAACCGUCUUCCGGUUCUAUGCUGGAUCCAUCCGAAGUCGCUGGCCACCAUAACCCGUUGCUCGCAGCCCCUUGUCGGAGUCAGUGGCAAACGGAACGAUGCCGAUGAAACAUUCAUCAACUGCAUAAUGGAGGCAAACGCACAGUCCGAUAAGUUGUCCAUUUUUGACGCUCGGCCCAAUGCAAAUGCUAUUGCAAACAAGGCCAAGGGUGGCGGUUACGAAUCGGAAGACGCUUACAAAAAUGUCGAGCUGACAUUCUUGGACAUCCAUAACAUUCACGUAAUGCGAGAAAGUUUGCGGAAGCUGAAGGAAAUUUGUUUUCCGGCCAGCGACGAUCAGAAGUGGCUGUCUGCAGUCGAGAGCACCCUCUGGUUAAAACACAUCAAGUGCAUUCUGGCCGGGGCAGUGAGGAUUGUGGAUCGGAUAGAAAACAUGCGAAUGUCGGUGGUAGUACACUGUUCCGAUGGAUGGGAUCGUACCUCGCAGCUAACAGCCCUAGCAAUGUUGCUACUGGAUCCAUACUAUCGCACACUGAAAGGUUUUCAGGUCCUGAUCGAGAAAGAGUGGCUAAGCUUCGGACACAAAUUUGCACAGCGUAUUGGCCACGGAGACAACCAUCACUCUGAUGCGGAUCGAUCGCCGGUAUUUUUGCAGUUCAUCGACUGCGUGUGGCAGAUCACCAAACAGUACCCGCAUGCCCUAGAAUUCAAUGAGUAUUUCCUGAUCACCAUCUUGGACCAUCUUUACUCCUGUCGGUUCGGAACGUUCCUGUUCAAUACGGAGCGAGAACGUGUUGACAAAGACCUGAAAAACAAAACCGUCUCGCUGUGGUCGUUCAUAAACUCGACCCACGAACAGUACCGGAACCCACUGUACGGUGGCCGGAACAGCGCUAUUCAGACAGUUCUGAAACCGGUGGUCAGCAUGCGUCACAUUCGCCUCUGGAAGGGCCUAUACUGUCGCUGGAAUCCGAGUAUGCGUGCUCAGGAUCCCGUUUAUCAACGCACCCGGGAACUGUUGGCAUUGCAAGAGCAGCUGAUGAAGCAGGUCGAAGAUUGUCGGUUGGAAAAGACGGGAAAUCAGCAACAGGGCAACCGGACUCAUCUGCAACAGAACCGGCUGACAUCUCCGUUACACUAAAAGAUGAUGAUCAAUUUGUUUUCCUAAACUAUCUACACAUUUAUUAGCAUUGAAAGUAGCGUGAAUGAUGUGUGAACAAGCGAGGCCGAUAUUAUUUGUUGACCGCAUUCUUCGGAGUGAAUUUGUUAGAAACUGAUAGCUCAGAACAAAGUAUUUUCUUUAUUAUGCUAGAGAUUUAGUCUGAGUUGAGGUAAAAGAGUUUUCGGAAAACUAAUCAACUCACUACUAGUUGGAGUGCAUGAGAAUCCCAAGUACGUGGGUGUGUGAUUGCGUUUAGCCCUUAGCCCUUAGAUUUGAAUUACCGAUAAGUGAGAAACUUUUGUAAAACAACCCUUCUGAAGGUUUAAACAAGUAUAUAAUCACAAAUACCUAGACCAAUGUUAAUUUUCCACCCCAGAUUAUUCUCUCUGGCCUCAAUUCGUUGCAUGCUACCUCUCAAAACCUUUCAGUAUAUGUACCUAUUUUCCUAUGGCUGGGUAGCAUACGGCUUUGUUUAACGUGCUUCCUUAUUAUCAUAUUAGAAGAAGAUGCCUCUCUGACACAAAAAUACCAUCGCACACACGCAAAUCCUAUUAAGAGCAGUUGAGAUAGUGAUUAGGGGUUUGAUAAUCAGGGGCUCUGAAUUGGAAACUGUUUCUAACAGAUCAGCCUUGCCCUUUGAAACAUUUAGCCUUCCAUGCGUGGGGCGACAGAGGCACAUUUAAUGUAUGCAUUAUCUUUUACAUUUCCCCACCCACGCCGGCUGCCGAAGAGUUUCCUCAAAAAAAGGAUUAAAUAACCAACAAGAGCACACGUUUCGACACACACACACAAAAGCAACAAGUGAAUUUGUAUUAUCGAACCCAAAAGAAUAAAUAUGUUUUAAGCUAAA